GCUUCAGCUCACAAACUGCUACUGUGCCCCAUAAUCAUCAUUAAUCACUAUCCACUUUUUCAACCAGAUAAUCAUAAUUUCACGCAGGAUAUCCCGUUCGUUCGGAAAGGACAUGAAUCCUGUUUAAAAAGUUGCGGGAAGUACGUUAAAAUAGUGUGGCAGCCUGCAAGACUCCAAAAUUCUUAACAAUGCCGGGACUUGGCGUCAACGAAGAUUUGGGCGAUGAAAUCAAAUUUUUGUCAGCCCAAUUAUUAUUAUUAACAACUUCCUCUGGAAUUACUGAAUGCAGCUCCAGUCAGUCCAGUGGCACUUUGCGAGGACACAAUCUGCUGUUGACUGUCCAGCCAUGCCCUUCAUUUUUAAGUCUUCAUGAUGGUGUUGCUUGUCAAUUCAAUCCCACUGCUAGUAAUUUCUUGAACAGUUCACCAGAUUCCAUGAUCCUGGUCCAACCUUAUCAUCAUAUCAAGGAAUAUCAAGUUUCACCCUUGGACUUGGAACAAAAUUAUGCUCAGGCUCCAAAAAAGUCUCAAAACUCUCCCACAGAUCUAAAUGUGACGGGAUCUCCACUUAAGGAUCAUUUUACUGAUAGACUGAACUCUGAGCCUCUACCAUCACCAUUCUUAAUUCAGGCCCCUGAGAAGCAGCCUGGCCAUAGUUUUAAAGUCACCACUUUCAAAGGCCCUGCUUUUAAUGCCAGCACUGCACACUCAUUGUGGUGUGACUUGAACCCAUUGGUAAGGAAGUUAGCUGCAACUCAACCACUACUGCCUGUGUUUAUUCUUGCUUCUGCUGAAGAGUCUCAGGCUGAGCAAACACGGGCUUUAUUGUACGGCUGCGGGCCAUUCUUCAAUGAGGGUCGAGAUGAGUGGCUCACGACCAUCAAAACUAAAAGGCCUGUGUUGGCCAAUCGCCUCCCGCAGUUGGACGCUUUACAGCAGCAAUGCUGUGGUCCUCUCUUCAAUGCCUAUGUUGACAGCUAUGCAACUGCAUUCUACGAAAUUGUGGUGGACAAUCAAACAAACAUUGCUGGCAACUGCGAGAAAGACCAGUCAAAAAAAUCGAGUGAUGGUGGCUGUACGGUGCUGACGGUUGAGUGCAACUGGCCGCGCCCCACGGCUGUGAUGAGCCAGCCGCCUUCAGACGCACGAGCUUCUGUCACCGUGCACGUUGAGAAGAUGAGCAGCUGUGGGGGCCCCGCGUGCAGGGAUCUGCGUCUUCUGAGCGCCGCGGUCUCGGGGCUGAGCUCGCGUCAGGUGCCGUGGUUCGUGAGGUCUGCUGACCAGCCCAGCACAAUGGAGAAGCUAAAUGAGCUAUUCCUGCAGUACACCACUUCAGGUCCCGAUGCCAAAAAAGCUGACAGCGGUGCUGCUCUGGGCUUUGAUGACGUCAUUGCCGGGAAGCUGAGCAGCCUUCACUGCAGUUUCUUGGAUGCACUCUGGGUCGUCCUGUGCGAGAGCGAGUCGCUGCGUGACCUGAGGGCGGGACUGCAGCAAGUCUUCAGCGCUGUUGCUACGAACCACAUUCGUCCGCAGAUCCAUGUCCGCAAUAACACUAAAGUUGGCGUGAUCUGCCGUGGACUUAUGCGUGGGCAGCUCACCGAGCCAGAGUUGAAUGGCUUGGAACCUUUGGAGAUGCUUGUUCAGCUUGGAAUUGGCAAAAUAAAAACUCAACUCUCAGCAAUACUGCAAGCUAGUGAGCUAGCAACAGGAGAACAACUGUCGUCCUUGUUGUCGAACUGCAGUACGGGUGAGGACGACAGACCAGCGUAUGUACAAAGUCUUGAGUGUCUGCAUCGUCUGCACGUCACGCUACACGUCGUCUCGUGCCUCAGAACACACCUGCGCUUACUGCCUGCUUCUCUUGUUGAACACACUCAGCGGAUACUUGACGAGCUGCAGGGUGACAGCUCGCUGACUUCCGACCAGCCUUACUCGUUCAGCUUCAGCAUCCUGGCCUCGUCCAUGAAAGAGCUUUUAGGCAGGUCAGUGCAGGUCUCUGUGUCGUGA